UCGGGGGACGGAGCCUUGGAGCGGGUCCUGUGCGCGCUUCACCGCCGCGCGUGGGACGAAGCCGACCCCUGGGCCACGGGCCGGCGGCGCCCGAGGUCUGGAAGGCACAGAAAUGGAGCAAGAGCCCCAGAACGGAGAACCUGCUGGAAUUCAGAUCAUCAAGGAGGCCUACAAGAAGGCCUUUGCGCUCGUCAACAAGGGGCUGAGUACAGAUGAGCUGGGCCAGAAGGAAGAAGCGAAGAACCUCUACAAGCAAGGGAUAGGACACCUGCUCAGGGGGGUCAGCGUCCCGUCCGCAGACCCCGAGCACACAGGGCCUGGGUGGGACUCGGCCAGGCAGAUGCAACAGAAAAUGAAAGAAACGCUACAGAACGUCCGCGCCCGAUUGGAGAUUCUGGAGAAGGGGCUUGACACGUCUCUGCGGAACGACCUUCAGGAGGUGCCCAAGCUGUUUCCAGAAUUCCCGCCUAAAGACACGUCCGAAAAGUCAGUGGUGCCCCAGCCCUUCAGUUCCCCUGCUCAGCACACUGAGGCCGCUGGGAAUGCUUCAGCCACAAGCCCGGGGGCGGCCCCUGCCCCAGGCUCUCUGUCCCCACGGUCUGGGAGUCACCCCGCAGAAGCACCUCCUGCCUACACGCCUCAGGCUGCCGAGGGUCACUACACCGUGUCAUACGGGACAGAAUCGGGGGAGUUUUCCUCAGCUGGAGCAGACUUUUACGGAAAUCAUUCUCAGCCGCCUCCUCUGGAGACCCUAGGGCUCGAUGCAGACGAGUUGAUUUUGAUACCAAAUGGAGUACAGAUUUUCUUCGUGAACCCUGCAGGGGAGGUCAGCGCACCUUCGUAUCCCGGGUACCUGCGAAUUGUGAGGUUCUUGGAUAAUUCUCUGGACACAGUUCUAAACCGUCCUCCGGGGUUCCUUCAGGUUUGUGACUGGUUGUAUCCUCUAGUUCCUGAUAGAUCUCCAGUUCUUAAAUGUACUGUGGGAGCCUACAUGUUUCCUGACACAAUGUUACAGGCGUCAGGAUGCUUUGUGGGAGUCGUCUUGUCUUCUGAGUUACCGGAAGAUGACAAAGAACUCUUCGAGGAUCUAUUAAGACAAAUGUCCGACCUCCGGCUGCAGGCGCACUGGAGCCGAGCUGAAGGAGAAAGCGAGUUCCAGAUCCCAGGCAGGGCGAGCAGCCCCUCCGAGCCGCUGAAGGAAGCCGGGGGCUCCGAGGCGAGACAGCUGGACCCUGCCCGGGACCAGGGCAGCAAGGACUCGCGCCACAGAGGGAAACGGGGGAGAAAGGCUAAAGGUACUGGCAGCGAAGAGGUGAACCUGAGGCACAUGGUCCCCUGCGAGCCAGCCCCCGAAGACAAGGGGAAGGAAGUGCCCGAGUGGAGCGAGAAGGUGGCCCAGAACAUCUUGUCAGGUGCUUCCUGGGUAAGUUGGGGUUUAGUCAAAGGUGCUGAAUUUACUGGCAAAGCAAUUCAGAAAGGCGCCUCCAAACUCCGAGAACGGAUUCAGCCGGAAGAAAAGCCGGUGGAAGUUAGUCCCGCCGUGACCAAGGGGCUGCACAUCGCAAAGCAGGCGACUGGAGGGGCGGCCAAAGUCAGCCAGUUCCUGGUUGAUGGCGUCUGCACGGUAGCCAAUUGCGUUGGAAAAGAACUGGCUCCGCAUGUCAAGAAGCACGGAAGCAAGCUUGUGCCGGAAUCCCUGAAGAAAGACGGGAACGGGAGGUCUGCGCUGGACGGCGCCAUGGUGGUGGCAGCGAGCAGUGUGCAAGGGUUUUCCACCGUCUGGCAGGGGCUGGAGUGUGCUGCCAAGUGCAUCGUCAACAAUGUUUCAGCAGAGACCGUGCAGACUGUGAGACACAAAUACGGGCACACGGCGGGAGAGGCCACACACGACGCAGUGGACGCUGCCAUCAACGUCGGCGUGGCCGCCUACAACAUUGACAACCUGGGCCUCAAAGCCAUGGUGAAGAAGACCGCCAAGCAGACCGGGCACACCAUCCUGGAGGACUACCAGAUCGUGGACCGCUCCAAGGGGGGCCCUCCGGGAGCGGGGAGCAGGGCGCACACCAAAGGAGAGGAGGAGGAGCAGACAGAGGACCCGGAGGAGGACGAAGCAAAGAAGAAAGGCAAGUGACGGUGGCCGUGCAGCCCCGACGGAAGCCAGGCGGACGGAUGCAGCUGUGCUCACAGACGAGUGCCCCAGACUCAGUGCUUAAGAUGCACCGUUUCCACAGAGGGACUGUCCAAGUUUUACAGCAUGUGUUCUACUUGCCAGGAAAGCAAUUGCUCUUCUCUCAUCUGGUCUUGAGAAACACACUGUUAUAUUCUCAGCCAGUUUAUUUUUUUCUAAAUGUGGUUAACAUAUAUUUUUGCAGUGAAAACAAGUGCCCUCAUUAAACCUGAUGUCAAACUAUUUUUUGUAUCUGCUAUCUUUCAGAAAGCAAAGAAGGAAAUUAUUAUAUAUUUACCAAAAAGAACUGGCAUCGAGUAACCCUACCUUUACUUGUACUGGGAAGGAAUGCCUUAAAGUAUUGUUGCCUCUUUCUGCACUAAUUGUGGGGUUUCUGGGUGCUUUCAGUAUUUUCAGCAUGUAAGCUAAACAACUACAUUCCUAAACCAAGGUAAUUCUCGGUUAACAUUCAGAAGGCUUCUCAAAACAGGGACUAGACUAAUCAUGAAAAAUAAAAGGAGGCUGUAUAAAAUUAUGUGGUCGCUUACCUCUUCAUUAGGAAAUGAAAUGGUCCUUUUGAUUGAAAAUGAAUCCAGUUAGAUUUUUAAGGCUCCUGGAUUUGAACUGGUUUUGAUCUGUCAGGAGCCUAGGAAAUUUUGGGGUAUGAUGGAUAUUACAUUAAGUUUUGAAGUGAUUAUUAAUCAGCUUAUUUGACAAAAAAGUAUUUUAAGAAAUAAUGUUGCCAUAUCUAAUUCAGGAAGUUGUUCUAAAAGGCAAAACUUUUGUAAAAACAAAUAUACACAGUAUUGAAUUUAUGAAUGGUAAUUGUAUUUUUAUUCUGGAAUUCAGUCAUUGGAAUUAAAUUAAAAAGCCAAUAUGUUAAAUUAUUAGAAAGAAAAGGUUUUAUUCGUUGUUAAUGUGGAGAAUGAGAAUCUGUGGGGAGUGGACAUCACAGCUUCCACCUGGGCGGAGGCGGGACUUGCAGCCUUGCAGACAGCAGGCGUGCAGGUGGAUUUGUAACGAAAAGACUGCUGUUAGUUCUCAGAGCUCUCAUCCACUCAGCGCUUUUUGAACCUCUGAUGGCUACUUAGUUUACUAGACCUUAUUUGAAACUGUCUAAAUAAUGCACUUGUGAAUAAACUUGCUCUGAAUUACUUGGCCUCAAAUAUACUCUAGGCUUUGAUUUCGGGAACACACAGAGUUGGUGGGACCUUUCUCUUAGGCCGAGGAUAAUGUGCUCGUUAAAGGUGGAAACAAAGUUGAACUGCUAAAUGGCUUCCAGUCAGUGUCUGCCUUGUUUCAGAAAUGGAAUGACAAACAGUGGAGCUGAAAGUUAACCUUAGACAGCAGGUCAGCAAAACGGGGUUUGUCGACAGAUACCUACGGGAUUGUUUUACCUCAUUACUGUGUUCACUUGGUUGUGGGUUGCCUUUUCAGAUUAGCGGCUGGACAAAAUUUUGAUAAGCAUGACUUCUGUUGGAGCUGAACAGAAUAUAUAUGUGCAUAUAUAAUGCAGACGGGGCCACGUACUAAACUUGACAAGCCUACAUGGUGGGCCUUAUACACUCAGACGAAAGCAACCACCUAGGCUGGUCUGAAUGUGAAAUUUCCCAACUACAAGCGAGUCGCGGGGUCACGUGCUGGGCAAAGGUCAGUGUUCACCUUAACAGCCUGUCUGCUGUCUUUUCGCAUCCACGAUAACAUGCUUUCAGAAUGUCGGCAUAAUCCCCUUUAUCCCAGACCCUCAGGGCAUAGUCGCUCACCAACCUCGAGCCAUCCGUCCCCAUGUGCUGUAAAUGUUAACUGUUAACUGUCAUGUACCCACAGUGUCAAAGAAAUGCGUCUCCGGUUUACUUUGUGUUGUCACGGACGCUUCCGUUUGCUUUCCCCCGCCUCCCUCACCCACCAGUGAUGUCAUGCAGUGACCCCUCGCACCCUCCCCUUUGACUGACGUGUUAAGUAAGCAGUGCCCUGCCGCUGUCCAGAGCACUGGUCA